AUGGGUUUCACAGCAGCAGCAGCUAAGCCAAACACCCUCAACAGCAGCAAAGAAAACAGGGGUAUGGGUUUAUUCCUCGUGUUCUUCCCUGAAGACCGGAACAAAAUCAGCAACUCCAUUGAUAACAACACUAGUACAUCAAGAUUUAUUCGUAGAACAAGUUCCAGUCUCCUUUUCACCAAAGCUCAAUCUACCAUUUCAAUCUGUGCUCUUUUAGUUUUCCUUACACUUCUCCUCUUUACUCUCUCUACUUUUGAACCCUCCAUCCUAACCCAACUACCCCUUCCUCCUCCAUCAAAAAAUCUCCCCCUGCAUUUCAUGCAAAAAUCCGAUGUUUCUUCCUCUUCAUUCGCUUUACAGGGGAUGGGAACUUUGUAUAGGCGUGGGACAAAAGCCAUGAACGAUCUUAUAGUUAGCCAUGUUGUUGAAGAUGUGACUGAAGAUGAACUCAGGCUUUUCUUACGAGUCUUGCAUAGGUCAGGUGUCACUUCAAAAGCUGACACUGUUUUCCUUUUUGGGUCUCCUUCGUUAUCUUCAAAAUUCAGCUUUGUGAUUCAGGAAGAAAACGACUCGUUCUUGAAACUUAUUAAACAUUACAAAGAGUUGAAUAAUAAUGGUUUCCGUGACUCAGUCUGUAGUUUCGACUCGAUCCAUUUUUGGAAAUCUGGGAAGAAAGACGUGGGAGAGCCUAUUUGGGGAAAGAAAGGCCGAGGGAAUUAUAGCAAUUCAACUGAAGCAGAAGGUGAGUCAACUCGGUUGACUUAUGGCUCGGUUGUGGGAUUUGAUGUGAAUGAGUUGGAUCCAGAGAACUCGCUGGCCGGGUUUUUAGAUCACGUUCCAAUGAGUUUGAGAAGAUGGGCUUGUUAUCCAAUGCUAUUAGGAAGAGUCAGGCGAAAUUUUAAGCAUAUAAUGUUGUUGGAUGUUAAAAAUUUGAUGUUACGGAGUGAUCCGCUCGGCCGUGUCAGGAAUCGGAGUCCCGAGUCGGUUUAUUUAUUGAUCAAGGAAAGCAGCUCCGGCAAGCAAAGCAAGAGGAACUCGGAGAAAACUCAGUCUCAUAGUCAGGUUAACUCAUCGAUUUUGAUGGGUGGAGCUAGGGGAAUUCGAAGAUUAGCCAAUGCAAUGUUGACUGAGAUUGUUAGAGCUACAAUGCAGCAUAAGAAAAAGAACUCAACAUCGGAGUCGGUAAUAUUGAGUCAACUCGUCGGCAGUGGCUACAUACUGAAGAAUGUUAAUUUGAUCACAUCGACAGAGUCAAUCAAGGAAGCGAGUUCACUCAUGGGAUUGAGCUCCGAUUCAGCUGCAGGUUAUUCAGUAAUCCAACGUGGUAAUACUAAUCAUGAGCUUAAUUCCAUAAUUAUGAAGCUAAUAUGUUUGUGUGAAGUGGAUUCUUCUGUUUAUAGGGAUUGUUAA